AAACCCAUAUGCUCAUUUGGCCAUCAACUCAUCUCCACAUCAACCAAUUCCAUCUCGCAAUUCCGACCAAUCCCUUCUUCUCAAGCUUAAUUAGCUGUCAGAGCUUUAGAGACGAUCGAACUCAGCCUAGCUAGCGAGCACUUGCGACCGAGCCUGCCAUCAGUUAACCUUCGGCCAUGAGGUCGUCCCCGUGGGUGGUGUUCGCGUGGGCAACGGCGGUGCUGCUCGCCUUGGCCGCCUCGUCGGCGGUGGUGGACGCGUCGCCGCCGUCGAAGUCUUUGGAGGUCGGGUUCUACAAGCACACGUGCCCGCAGGCCGAGGACAUCGUGCGUGACGCCGUCCGCCGCGCCUUCGGCCGGAACCCCGGCCUCGCCGCCGGCCUCAUCCGCAUGCAUUUCCACGACUGCUUCGUCAGGGGUUGUGAUGCCUCGGUGCUGAUCAACUCGACGCCGGGGAACACGGCGGAGAGGGACUCGUUGGCGAACAACCCCAGCCUACGUGGCUUCGAGAUCAUCGACGAGGCCAAGGCCGCGCUGGAGGCGUCCUGCCCGCGCACCGUCUCCUGCGCCGACGUGCUCGCUUUCGCCGCGCGUGACGGGGCCUACCUCGCCGGCGGCAUCGAGUACGGCGUCCCCGCCGGCCGCCGCGACGGCCGCGUCUCCAUCUCCGACGAGGUGCUAGUCAACAACGUGCCGUUCCCCACCGACGAGGUGGACGAGCUCGUGGCCAGCUUCGAGCGCAAGGGGCUCUCCGCCGACGACAUGGUCACGCUCUCGGGCGCGCACACCAUCGGCCGCUCCCACUGCUCCUCCUUCACGCAGCGGAUCCACAACUUCUCCGAUGAGGCCGGCCGGACCGACCCCUCCAUCGACAGGUCUUACGCGGCGGAGCUGAGGCGGCAAUGCCCGCCGUUCACAGACGACAUGAGCGACCGCACCACGGUGGCGCUGGACCCGAUCACCCCGGGGGAGUUCGACAACCAGUACUUCAAGAACGUACUGGCGCGCAAGGUGCCGCUAACCUCCGACCAGACGCUGCUCACCAGCCCAUGGACCGCUGGCAUCGUUGCGUUCCACGCCGCCGUGGAGAGGGUGUGGCAGGCUAAGUUUGCUGCGGCCAUGGUCAAGAUGGGGAACAUCGAGGUACUCACCGGAGACCAAGGGGAGAUCAGGGAGAAGUGCUUCGUCGUCAACCAACACUACUAGACCGUCACCACAAAGUCAUUUCAUGGCAGACUGGCAGUUAAUGUUGGUGUUUCAAUUAAUAUCUUGUAAUUUAAUUUUCCGAAGUGAUUUUUUUCCUUGUUCUUACUUCUUAGUGUAUGUCAAAAACAUGAGUGUAUAAUGCAGAAGAAGAAAAUGUACAUGGAUAAAUUUUCUUGCUU